CAGUGCAGCGGACGCCCCGUCCCCUGCAAAGCUUGCCGGAACACGGACGCUGAAUGCGUUUUCGAUGAGACCCUUGACCUCAGACGUAAGGUGGCCGCUCGACGAACUCUUGGGGAGUUGGAAUACUAUCGAGGUCUGCUACAUUCACUUCUGAAAAUGUUGCGGUCGUCAGACAACGAUAAAAUGCAUCGGAUACUGGAUAUCAUACGCCAGAGCGUGCCGUUAAACACCAUUGCCAGCGCUGUUGAUGCGCCUGCCAUCGACAUUGGUGAUGCUGGCCCUGAUAAUCUAGGAAGUGGCAGUGCAGGGAAUAUGGACGAUGCCAUAGCCCAACACGAACGUCUCUGUGCUGACUCUCACUCGCGAAUCACGGUGGAGAAACUCUGUGAUAUACCCCUCCUCCAGGUCUCCGCUCGGCCUUGGACAACAGUCACAGAUGACAAUCAUUUGGUUUCACAUUUGGUUUCCCUGUACUUCACAUGGGAUCAUCCACUGUCGCAGAUUAUGGAUCAGGGCAUAUUCCUGCAUCAUAUGGCAUCAGAGGAUAUUCAAUCAGAGUGUUGUAACCCCCUCCUUGUAAAUAGCAUCUUAGCGCUGGCAUGUACAUAUUCCGAUUUCCCGGAGGUGUUCGCCGUCCCUGGCGAAAUGACCUCAUGGGGCCAACAGUUUUUCACAGAAGCAGAAAGGUUAUGGAGCGCUGAGGAGGGACAGAAUUCACUAGCGAACAUCCAGGCAUUGGCGGUGAUAAGUUUCGUUUUGAAAUUGCAGGGUAAAGACAAUUUGUGCUGGCUCACGUUUCGACAAGCUGUGCAAUUAGCACGAGAUCGCGGUUUGUUUCAUGGUCCCGGAUCAAAACAUAGAAAUUGGCGGCAAAUGUCAGAUGAUGCCCUGCAAGCUGGCACAGCUACUGCCUGGGGGCUCUUUGCGAUAAACACCCAGCUGUCCAUGGAAUUGAGCAACGUCGCCGAUCUCCCUUUACCCAGGAUUCGACUUUACCCAACUAGCCACCCUGACAAGAAUGUUUUAUGGACACCGUACCCUCGCUCAAACCAUAUAGAUUACGAACGAAAGCCUUCUUUGCUGCAUUACACCAUGAUUGGGAUGGCUGAUUUGUCCGCAAUCAAUGUGCAGAUUCAAGACUUGUUAUUUGAAAAAGCGUUUGACUUGAGUCUCGAAGAGAUGUGGGAAACGGCAGAAGCGCUUUAUACCCGCCUUGGAAUGUGGUCCAGGGGUCUGCCUUCCGUUCUGAGCCCCGACGAACCGCAAAUACCACAGGUUUUGUUUCUGCAUAUUAGGUGUCGCCACAUGACGAUAUUGCUGUUCGAAUUCAUGUCAAAUGAGAUGGUCUUGAGGCGAGAAUCGCAUCGUCCUCAGUUCGAACAAGCCCAGUCGAUUCAAGUCCAAGCUGCACGGGAAAUUGCCGAUUUUCUCCGCAUUCACCGCGAAUCUUAUAGCUUGAGGCAGAUACCGAGGCAGUUUCUCGACCCAACGAACAGCAGUGCCAUCAGCCUUCUGGCGGAUUUAGAUGUAGACAAAUCCAAGGAAGCUUUCGUCGAGCUGUGUCGAUUUCUGGUAGCAUUCAGCAAAAGAUAUCUGCCAGCCAAAGCAAUGCUCAAGAACAUCGAAUCCAUUGCCCAGCGCAAGAAUGUCUCGUUUCCAUCUGACGCUCUUGUUGUGAUGGACCAUCGAGAGCUGGAAUCAUCCCAAUGGCUGUAA